AUGUCAUUGGAAGAAGCUGUAGAAAGUAUCGUCCAGUUCGUCCCUCUCGUCCGAAAUUACGCUGAUGAAGCUAAACAACAGUGUAAACGAAAUACUAAAUUGACAGUAAACGAAUCAGCAGCUAUCUAUCUUUACACCAAACAUAUACCUAUCUAUGAAAAACUGAACAAAACGCUUCGAGAUGAAAAUCCAUAUGCAUUGGAACCAUGGUUUCCUUACUUAAAACUGCUUUUUACUGGUAUCGGAAAAUUACCAUGUCGUUCGACUACGGUGUGGCGAGGCGUUGGUGAGAAAAUCGGCUCAAAUUUCGCUGGAGUUGGUGUGCACACUUGGUGGAGUAUGAAUUCAUGCUCUUCGAAACUCGAUGUUGCUGGCAUUUUGGCUGAUGGGGUCGAAAAUGCUGAAGUCGUUUGUUGUUUCAUCACGCCAGAUUACGGAAAGACUGCGACUUGUAAACUUGAAUUGCAAUAUGCACAAAAACGAUACAAAAGAAUUAUAAAAUGUCUGCUCGGCCAUGCAAAAGCCUCACAGCCUUGUGAUUGGCUUGAACUAAUAACCACAGAUCCUACACACGUAGACUUUGAUGAUGUUUCUGAACUAGGUAUUGAUUCAAAGGCGUGGGAGCUUCUUGGCUUAAUAAAAACGCAACCACUAGCCUCGCAACAUCUAAUAUUAAAAAGUGUUGAUCAGCCAAGUUAUUUAUUCGAAUUAAUUAGAUACGAAUAUCAACAACAUAGUCGUCUUUCACGUAUCAUGAAUCCUUCAAGAUCGUUUUCAAUUGAACAAAGCUACAUUAACUUAGUCAUCGUGGAAACUAAGGAACAACAAUUAAAAGAAAAGAAACUGCUCGAUGCCAAACUCAAUGAUGAGAUCAUUGGGACUUUUGAAGAAAUCUAUGGCACAAAGACAGACAUAGAAAUCAAGGAUAUUUUCCAACGAUGCGACCAUCAAACGAAGAACGUUCUUGUGCUUGGCCGAGCUGGAAUAGGGAAAACAACAUUUUGCCAAUAUGUUACUUAUGAAUGGGCAACAGGUGCCAUUUGGCAACAGUAUGAUUUAGUCAUUUUAUUUCACUUACGUAAUCUGACGGAUGAUCUCUUUCCUCCUCUGACAGACGGCACGCGAUAUUCUCUAGUUGACCUCGUACAGACAGAGUAUUUCCAUCAUGGUCUCUCGGAAAAUGACAGAAAACGUCUUCAAGAACAAUUAGCAAAGAGUCAAGUCCUUUGGCUGUUGGAUGGAUAUGAUGAGAUUGUACAGAACAUGCCGCAACAUCUGCAAUAUCUUCUCGCACAAUUACGCCGAACUUCUCAUCACGUUGUGACGUCUCGUCCAUACUUGAAUACAUUAUCAUAUAAGGUGCAACUCGAAAUUACAGGUUUUACAAACGAUAAUAUUAAGGAGUAUGUGGGAAAAUUCUUCGAUCAAAUUAAAGGUGACAUGGGUAAUGCAUUGGGCGAAGCUCAAAAAUUACUAGGCUUCUUAAAAUGUAACCCUAGAGUUUGGGGCAUCGUACAUAUUCCCGUUAAUCUGGAACUGAUCUGUACUCUUUGGUGUAAUACUGACUGGUCAGAAACAACAGCGAUGACAAUGACAACUGUGUACGAUAAGAUGACUGAAUGGUUAUGCCGAAGACACUUAGAAAAGCAAAGUAUAUCUUCAUCUCGAAUGAACAAAGAAGAUGUUUACACGCAUUGUCAUAAGGAACUGGCAUUCUUAGAAAGCUUAGCUUUUCACGGAAUAGAAAGCAAUAGUAUCAUCAUUCGCCCCAAAUUACUACAAAUAGCAUCCAAAGAGUCUCAAUGUUCUCUAUGCCACCAACUACCAUUGCUCAACAUAGGCAUCUUAAAAUCUUUAGAUUAUACACCAAUUGGCACUAGCAUUGAAACAGACAAAAACCACUAUUUUGUUCACCUCAGUUUCCAAGAACAUUUUGCAGCACGAUAUUUGAUAAGGGCUCUUGGUGGUGAUGAAACUCAAAAGAAAAAAGCAAUCGAUUUCAUCAAAGCUCGUAAAUACGACCAGCGUUUCGAAUUAAUACUCACUUUUGCAUCCGGUCUUCUCAAUGAAGGCGCUGACCAACGGCGGAUCAAGUUAUUCUGGGACACAUUACUGGGCGAGCCCUUAGAUCUCAUUGGUUUAAGACAUGCACAAGUUGUUAUUUCCUGUAUAGAGGAGACUGGUUGUAAUAGAAGUCUUCCGCACUUUUGCGAAGUCAUAAACACGGUAAAAAAAUGUAUCAGCUACUUUGUAUUUAACAAGCAUAAUAAUAUAUCCCAUCCUUUAGCAAUUUCACUACGAAGAAGUCCUUCACUAGUAAAUCAGUCAGAAAUACUUGACGUAUUCAAAGCGUUCCAUAAACAUAUAGAUCCAGCUAUGCGUACCUAUGUAUAUUUAUUGAUUGCUGAUUUACCGAUAGUAAAAACACACGUAGACGUCAUUCGUUUAUAUUUAACCGCACUUAACGAUACAAAUACGGAAGUCAGAUGCGGUGCUUGUUUUGCUCUCAGUAAGAUGGGUGAAAAAGCAGCAACUUCUGAAGUGAUUAAGAGGCUCUUAGAUGCACUGGGGGAUCGGAAUAAUUCCGUCAGAGCUAGUGCAUGUGAAGCUCUUGGGGCGAUGGGUGAAAAAGCAGCAAUCAGUAAAGUGAUUGACAGCCUCGGGGACGCCCUUAAAAACGAAGAUUCUAGUGUCCGAAGUAGUGCGUGUAAAGCGCUGGGUGCCUUAGGGGGGAAAACAGCAACCCAUGAAGUCGUUAACAGACUCAUGAAUACAUUUAAAGAUGAGAACUAUUUCGUUCGAACUAAUGCCUCUGAAGCUAUAGGUGAGAUAGCUCGAAAAACAUCGACCAAUGAAAUAAUUAAUACACUCGUGCAUGCACUUGGAAGUAUCGACGACUUCAUCAAAAGCACUGCGCUUGAAACUCUCGUGAAGAUGGGUGAAAAAGAGUUAAAGAAUGAAGUAAUCAAUAGGUUCAUGAGUGCAUUGGGAGAUCCCGAGCCUUCCAUAAGAAAGGGUGUGUGUGAAGUUCUCGGUAUUAUGGGUGAAAAAGUGGGAACCAUUGAAGUAGUUAAUGGAAUAGCGAAAGCACUUACAGAUAAGGAUUCCGAGGUUAGGCGUCAAGCAUGUGUAGCUCUUGGAGAGAUAGGUGAAAAAGCAGCAACCGAUCAGGUCAUUAAUAUUCUCGUGACUACACUUAUGGAUACGGACCUUUCUGUGAGAGACAGUGCGGCCAAAGUUCUCAUAAAGAUGAGUAGAGAAGGAAAAAACAUUGAAGUAAUUGAUGAACUCGUGAUUGUACUCAGGAAUAAGGAUUCAGAGGUUCGACGGCAAGUAUGUAUAACUCUUAGUUGGAUGACUGAAACAGCAACAAUCGAUGAAGUAAUUAAUAGUCUCCUGAGUGCAGUUAUGGAUACCAAAAACUCGAUAUGCAACACGAUAUAUGAAUAUAUCUGUUCCACUACUGAAAAAGAAGGUCUUAGUGACGUAGUGUAUAGGCUCUCGAGUGCACUUGUGGAUACGGACUGGCUCGUGAGGGACGAUGCACGUGAAGCUCUCGGUAUGAUGAGCAAAACAGGAGAAAACAUUGAUGUGGUCGAUGGGCUCGUGAGUGCACUUAGGAAUCAGGAUUCUGAGAUCAGGCGUCAAGCAUGUAUAGUUCUCGGUGAGAUGAGUGAAAAAGUAGCAACCAGUCUCGUGAUCAAUAGUCUUUUGAUUGCACUUGCGGAUGCGGAGUAUUUCAUAAGAAGAGCUGCGUGUGAAGCUCUUGGUAUGUUAGGUCAAAAAGCAGUAAACAUCAACGUAGUUAAAGGCAUCAUGAGUUUACUUACAGAUAAGGAUCCAGGAGUUAGACGUCAGGCAUGUGUAACUCUUGGCAAGAUGGGGGAAACAAUAACAAACGAUCAAGUAAUUAUUGGUCUGACAAAUGCACUUAUGGAUACGCACAGUUUCGUCAGGGCCAGUGCGUGUAAGGCUCUCCGUAAGAUGGGUAAGAAAGCUACGAGCCUCGAAGUAAUUAAUGGGCUCGCAGGCGCACUGAAAGAUGAAACUUCACAGGUGAAAAAGGAAAAAAACACCUCAAUAAUUCGUAGACUCUUGAGUGCACUUGUGAGUACAGACAGGCUCGUGAGAGACACUGCAUCUGACGCUGUUAAUAAUACGGGUGAAAAAGGAAAAAAAUUUCAGGUAAUUCUUGGACUCGUGGAUGCACUUGCGAAUCGGGAUGCAGAGGUCAGACGUCAAGCAUGCGUAGCUCUUGGUGGCAUAAAGGAUGAAGUAUUAGUCGAUCUCGGGAUCAGUAGUUUCGUGAUCGAUGGACUCAUGGCUGCUUUUACCGAUGACGAGUUUUCCGUGAUCGAUAGUGCGUGUGAAGCACUCAGUAAGAUGGGUAAAAAUGCAGCAACAAAUGUAGUAACUAAUGGUCUCGUGAGUGCACUUAGCAAUAGGAACUAUUGCGUGAGAAGUGGUGCGUGUGAAGCUCUGGGUAUGAUGGGUGAAAAAGCAGCAGACCUAGAAGUAAUUAAUGCACUCAUAAGUGCAAUCGAAGAUAGAGAUCCGAAGAUUAGACAUCAAGCAUGUAUAGCCCUUGGCAAGAUUGGUGAAAAGGCAGCAACGGGCCAAGUAGUUAAUGGUCUCAUGAGUGCACUUGGCGAUGUGGAGUAUUGUGUGAGAAGGGAUGCAUGUGAAGCUCUCGGGAUGACGGGUCGGAAAGUAGCAAACCCUAAAAUAAUUAAUGGAAUCGUAAGUGCACUUAAAGAUAAUAAUUCAGAGAUCAGACGUCAUGCGUGUGGAGCUCUUAGUAAGAUGGGUGAAAAAGCUGCAACCGAUCAAGUAGUUAACGGUCUCAUGAGUGCACUUGGCGAUGUGGAGUGUUGUGUGAGAAGCGGCGCAUGUGAAGCUCUCGGUAUGAUGGGCGAGAAAGCAGUAAAUCUUGAAGUAAUUAAUGGACUCGUAAAUGCGGUUGGAGAUGAGGAUCCAAGGGUCAGACAUCAAGCUUGUAUAGCUCUUGGUAAGAUAAGUGAAAACGCAGGAACCGACAUAGUAACUCAUAGUUUCGUGAGUGCACUCUGUGGCGCGGAAGAUUUUGUAAGAAGGAGUGCGUGUGAAGCCCUCGGUUUGACGGAUCGAAAAGUGGCAAACCCUGAAAUAAUUAAUGGACUCGUAAGUGCACUUAGAGAUAAGGAUUCAGAGAUAAGACGUCGUGCGUGUGCAGUUCUCGGUAUGAUGGGUGAAAAAGUAGCAACCUACAUAGUAAUUCAUGAUUUAAUGAGUGCACUUAGGGAUGUGGAGGAUUGUGUGAGAAGGGGUGCAUGUGAAGCUCUCGGUAUGCUGGGUGAAAAAGCAGUAGAUCUUAAAGUAAUUGAUGAACUUGUAGGUGCACUUAGAGAUAAGAACUCAGAGGUCAGGCAUCGUACGUAUAGAACUCUUGACAAGAUGGGUGGAAAAGCAGCAGCUGAUCUAGUAAUUAGUAUUCUUGUGACUGUACUUGGUGAUGUGAUGGUUUCCGUGAGAAGGGAUGCGUGUGAAACGCUUGGUAUGAUAAGUAAAAAAGAGGGAACUAUGACAGUAAUUAAUAGACUUGCGAGUGCACUCUUGCAUGUAGAGCACUCCGUCGGAAGUAGUACCUGUGAAGCUGUCGAUAAGAUCGGUGAAAGAACAGGAGCCAAUGAAGUAAUUAAGGGGCUCGUGCGUGCAGUUAGGAAUGUCAAUGAAGACGUCCGACGUGCUGCCUGUGAAGUUCUCGAAUCGAUUAGUAAAAAAGGAGGAAUCGAUGAACUGAUAGGAGUAUUAUUAGAUGCAUGCUGUGAUGACGAAUAUGGAAUUGAUGAAGAACGACUUCAAUGUAGUGAAUGUUUAAAAAAACUCUAUCAAACAAAAUUAUCAUGUAUACAAUCAAUUCAAUAUCUUAUUGAGCAACAACGUGAAAUCGAUGAAUGUAUUACUGAUUUAAAAUCAACUAAAAUACAUGCACAAGAAAUAAAUGAAAGAAUAUCUGAAUUAGAUCAAAUAUCUUGGUUAAAAUUAUGUUGUUCAAAGAAAAAAAUUCAUUCAUUAGAAAUAAAUUUACAUGAUAAUAAUCAUUUGCUUAUUUUACCAUUUCUCAAUGAUCAAUCAAAUCUAAAUAAUUGUAUAUCUGGUUUAAAUGAAAUAGAAAAAGAUUUUGAACUUGAAAAAUUAUUUAAUUCAAUAAAAAUUUCUUAUACAUAUUUUUCAACAAAAGAUGAAUUUGAAAAAAUUUUACAUGAAGAAUAUACAUUAUUAUUUGAACUUGCAAAAAAAUUAACAAAAUGUAUACAAAUUCUUCAUGAUACAAUUGAAUUUCUUGGUACAGAUAUUAAAUUAACAUUAGAACAUAUGCAAUUAGCACAACCACGUAUGAAACAAUUAUUAAAAAUUAAAGCGCCUUUAGCUUUUGCACAAGUACAAAAAGAUUUUAUGACAUGA